GCAGCGGUGUACGGAGCUCCCGUCCGCCGCCCUGCAAGCGCCCGGCCCGCAUCCGCCGUACGUCGCGGCGCCGGCGGUAGCGGGGCCGUUGGCGUUGCUCGUCCCGGCAGCGCAGCAGCGGGCAGCAUCUGCAUCGCUUUUAGCCGCGACGGUGGCGCUGCAUCGCACUCGACACGGUACGGCAGUAGCGCAGGGUCAGCAGCGUCUCCGCCGGCGUCUCCCACCCCUGCUGUCGCUGCCUCGUGCGGACGUGCAGGGAGUGCGACUUCGUCAUCCUCCCGCCGCCGCCGUACGCCGUACUCGCCCUCCGUCGGCAGCAGCGCCGUGUCCAGCAGCGUCACUCAUAAGCGCUCUUGUACGACAUCAGCAGCUGGCGGCGCCGGCGGCAGUACGGCAGGCAGCUGCUCCUCCGCUGCCUCCCCCUACGCUGCCGCGCAUGUACGCUACCUGGGCUCCAACCCCGGUCUCCUAGGGCACCAUGCGCAGCUGAGGCGAGGCCCCUCUAAUGGGGUUAUCUACCGGGAUCCCGUGGGUCCUCAGAUUGUGGUCGCGCGACGGGCCACGGCGCCGUCGCCCUCCCGGCCUUUUUCUGCUCCUCCUGGUGCCUCCUCCGCUGCUGCUGCCGUCGCUGGUGGUGGUGGCGGUGGUGGCUCCCGCUCUACCAGCAACGGACGCAGCAGCUCGCCCCAGCCGCACUCGGGUGGCAGUCCUGACGCGCUGUCACGCCGGACGAGCACCGCCGGUGGCGACGGCGGCGGCAGCGCCAGCGGCGCUGCUGCCGUGGAUCCAUUCGUACCACAUGCCGUACAACAACCCGUCGAUGUUGAUGUGAUUCGCCGUCGCAGCAGCGCGCUUGCUAGCGCUCGUAAGGCGCUGUGGGAUCGGAUCGCUGACGUGGCGGGCAUUGCGUCGUACGAACUGCAGGGUAGCGUGGAAUUAGGGAUCUUGGAUCCAGUGUCGCCGGCGACGGCGCGCCCAGCGUCCGCUGGUGGCGUGGUGGGCGGCCGACGCGGUGGCGGAAUCUUCGAUGACAUAAGGGCCCCGCUGCACUUGCGCAAGCAGCCAGGCGCCGCGUUCGCUGCCGCUGCAGCUGGUAGCGAAGGGUGUACGACAGCUACGACAUCAGCAAUUGCUGCCACCACCGCUCGCGACACGGCACGCAUACCCCUGCCGCCCGGUCACGUUGCGGCACCCCAGCAGCCCGCCAGCGGUGAUGUAAGGCCCGCUGAGGAGUCAGCCUUGCCAGCGGCCGGGCGAGCAGCAGGAGCUGCAGACGCCGAAGCUUCCGCCGUGGUGCCGGAAGAGCCUACAGAGGCAGUGGACUCGGGCGCUAGGGGUAGCGGCGGCGCCUUCCAUGCUGCACCCAGCCAGCCCUCUGCCGACCCUGCCGCUGACACAGACACCCAUCCGUACAUGCCGCCGCCAGGGCCGGCAGCCGCAUCGGAGGCGGCUGAGGCGGCAGCGGCUGCCUCCGCACGGGCGGCCUCCCUCGCCGCCUUCUCCCUUCGCCAUUCUCUCAACGGCACGCGGCAUGAGACGGACGCAGGUGCCGUUGACGCUUACACCGCCGCCGCCGCAGCCGCCGGCCUCAAUGGUGAUGUCACCGCGGCCGACGAGGACACAGCCAACAGCGGUGCCGGUGGUGGUGGUGGCGGCGGCAUGCAUGGUGUGGGCAGCAAGCGCGUGCAGUGGGGCGCCAGUGUGUUCUCUCCCAGACCCCGCGUCACCACGGAUGCCGGCAGCAGCAGCGCACAGGGCAGCGGCAGCCCCGGCGCCGGCGCAGCAGCAGCAGCCCCUGACUGCCCGCCGCGGCCUCCUCGGCUGUCCCUCACGGAUGGUGCGGCGGGCGCGGUGCCGGCGCUCGCCCUCAGCCCCGCUGCAGCCACCACCGCAGCGGUGUCGCCCUCGGGCACGCCUCCCGGCACCCCCCGUACGCUGUCGCUGCGGCGCCGCAGGGGUGCGGGGGUGCCCGAGGACGUUCCCUCGGUGGAGGUCAGCACCGCCGCGGGCGCGGUGGACAGGGCGCCGGCUCAGGGGCCGACACCGGUCUUAGCGACCCGUGGGUCGGCAGAUGACCCGGGGGUCACUGGGGCUGCAGGAUCCAGUGGCGAGGCUGCGCCGCCGUACACUCGUAGAGAGCACUACCAGCUUGUGGCUCGCGUGGACCGGCCGGCGGAUGUGCAGGGCUGGCUCUUCAACGUCUACCUCACCGACAUCGCCCCCGGCUCCAACGUGGCCCGCCGCUGCUGCAUCGCCGCCUGCACCUCCGCAGACCAACACAACCAGCUGCUCGUGCCGCAACCACCACCCGCCAUCACCACGGCACCAGCAGCCCCGCAGUCAUCAGACCCGCACCAACCGCCUCCGCUGUCCGCCGCUGCGGAUCAGAAGGGCCCGCUCAUCAGCCCCGCAGACCUGCUGCCCUGGGUCACCGCCCCGGAGCAGCUGUUGGGGCACUGGCUGCGGCUGGAGGCCUACGCCGUGGCUCCCGUGGCGGACAAGCUGGUGGACGCGCUGACGUACAUGGGGCCGGGGGGGCCGGGCGGGCCCACGGAGCCGCAGCCGCAGCCCAGGUGGGAGGGCGGCGGCGCGGUGCCGGUGCAGCCGCAGCCGCCGCGGCUGGACCGGCUUCAGGUGCUAGAGCUGCGGGCGCAUGGGGGCGGCAGGCG